UCUCCAUCCAAACCCCACACAAGUACUGGAGAUGUCGGCAGCCGUAUGGAGCAACACACACCUGUCACCAGGUACCAUUUUCUACCCCGACGAGGGAGAAGUCCGCCUGGACCGGAUAGAGAGUAGGAUACCUAUACCAGAUGAAGAUAUUCGCCGUUUCUAUGGUUGCUACGACGCCGUAUUAAAUAUCAACGGACAAGAAGUUCGCCACUGCAAUUGGGUGAGGUUUGUGAAAAGUACCACCGAUUCUGAUACCGCAAAUAUAAUCAGCUCCAAAGUCAAAGGUCAGUCUUUUUAUCAAGUCAUCAGGGCCAUUAAACCAAACGAAGAAAUCAAAGUAUGGUUCCACCUUAAUUUAGAAAGGGCAUUAUACGAUAGACCGUCUUCGCUACCGUUUGCUUCAUAUUCCCCGUCUACGUGUCUGCCUCAAUCUUAUGUGGAGACAUCGUUUGGUACUCAACCCCGUGACCUUAAAUCCACUGUGAUGACCUCAACCCCACUGCCCACAAACAGACAUUCUUUUACUGAAGAUCUUCGCAGUCAAAGACGGUUGUUAAACUUUGGAUCCUCUGACGACGAAGACGCUGCCAGUGGCAGUGAUGUAAGCCGAACAGUAGAGGGUGAGUUUUCUUCAUGGAAUUUGUUAAGUGUAACAGGUAUUAUUGUUUCUGAGAAUUCAUCAGCUGCAAGAACUAUACUGUUUAAAAUGAGGUCCUUAGACCUCCACAACCAUGCUGAAGGCUUCGACAACCCUCACCUGAAGCGAUGCCGGGAACGCACCUGGUGGCCGUGUGAAGUUUGCGGGAAGAAAUUCGACAGACCUUCCCUGCUGAAACGUCACACCAGAACUCACACAG